AGGAUCUUAACAAGUUGAAGUGGCUAUUCGAUGAUUUUGUUAAGAUUGUGGAAAUCACAACUUGAGAAGCGUUUUUGAGAUUCUCUUAUUUAUAAAAUUGCUUUUUUUUUUUUUUUUCUUUCUUUUUUUUUGCUAUGAAAACUCAAAAUAAGGCUGAUAGAAUUAGCACUUUACCGGACUCAGUGCUAUGUUAUAUUCUGUCUUUUCUACCAACCAAACUAUGUGUUGCUACAAGUAUUCUCUCUAAAAGGUGGAGACCACUUUGGCGCUCAGUCCCUACUCUCGACUUCGACGAUAGUGAUUAUUACUACGAAAGCAAAGAGCUUUAUUAUCGCUUUGUUCAGUCAGUAUAUAUAGCUAUCUUCUCGCGAGAUUUGCACCAACCCAUCCAAACAUUUCGCUUCAAGUGUUGUUCUUCUCUAGCUGAUCCUACCAAUCUCAAGGUAUGGAUUAAUGCUGCAGCAGAACGCGGACUUGAGCACUUGGAUAUCUCUCUGCCACCGUCUUGGUUGUAUGAAUCGAAGUGGUUGCCAUCUGCCAUCCUCAGCAGCAGAACCCUCGUGGUACUCAAGCUGAGGGAAUUAACAGUGAAAGCUCUUUUUCCUGUUCAUCUUUCCUCACUUAAAUUCCUGCAUUUGUAUGAUGUUGCUUUCUAUAAAAGUAGAUGUUUCGCUGAGCUUCUUUCUGGAUGUCCAGUACUUGAGUAUUUGGAAGAAGAUGAGUUGCAGUUUGGUGACUCUCUAACUGUGGGAGAGUUUAAAUGCUUACCCAAGUUGGUCAGAGCAUAUAUUAACAGACUUCAUGUUCCGUUAGAAUCAGUUCGUAAUGUAGAGUUUCUGAGAAUAGAGUGGAUGUCUGAGCUGGACAACAUUAACAGCAGAUUCAAUUUCAAAGACCCUAUUCCCAUGUUUCACAAUUUAACCCAUGUUGAACUCAUCCAUUUAUAUUUUAUCAGUGAUUGGCUUGAGAUAGUAGAAGUGCUUAAGCGUUGCCCUAAGCUUCAAGUUUUGGUCAUUAAUCAGCGUUAUAUUGAUGAUCCUUAUGAUGAAAUGGAAGAAGGUGAAGCAGUAGUAGGAGGAGAUUGGCCGUACCCACAAUUUGUUCCUGAAUCCAUCUCAUUACACCUUAAAACAUGCCGUCUUAAAAAUUACGAAGGCUGGAAAGGUGAGUUGCGAUUUGCAAGAUAUAUCUUGCAGAAUGCAGGAUUUUUACAGUCAAUGACAAUCAGCAGUGGCUUCUUCAGAAAUCAACAUGAAAAGCGCAAAAUGAUAAAAGAUAUAUGCUUUCGCACAAGGUGCUCUGCAACUUGUAAACUUUCAUUUGAAUGAUAACAGAUGAGAUUUGAGGAGUUGAAAGUAGUUACUGUGUUUCUGCCUUUUCAUUAGUAGCUAAAGGAU